ACAAAUACAUUCGCGUGUAAGUGCUUGGCGGUUGUUCGUAACAAAAAAAUCGCCCUCUUUCUUCCACAGGAGAGGAUAUAGAUCAUCAUGGCACCGCUUCCACAAGAUCCUGGCUAUGCCGGCAAGUCGACAUCUCCAGCAAUUCGACCAGACGCAGUAGUGAUCAGUGGCAUGUCUGGCCUGUAUCCUGAAUCUAGAAAUGUACAGGCACUAUCAGAGAUCCUCUACAAUAAGGUUAAUCCAGUUAACUCGGAUAACCCCCGUUGGAAAUACUACUACCCCGAAAUGCCAGAGCAUUAUGGAAAAGCACCGGAAUUAAAUACGUUUGACGCUCAAUUCUUCAAGGUGUACUACCGUCUGGGCAAGAACAUGGAGCCUAUGAGCCGUAAGCUGCUGGAGCAGACUUUCCAAGCUCUUUAUGAUGCUGGUGUAAGCCCAGGAGAGCUUUCCGAGAAGAAGGUAGGAGUUUACGUCGGAUCUGGACUAUCAGAAACAGAUAAGGCAGUAUUUUACAGCGGCCACAUAAAAGGAUUCGGACUGGUCGGAUGCUGCAAGACGAUGUUUGCCAAUCGGAUCUCGUACUGGCUGAAUCUGAAGAGUCCGUCUAUGAACGUGGACUCAGACUGUGCCAGCUCCAUGAUUGCCUUGGAGCGCGCCUACGAGUCCAUCAAGACGGGACAGUGUGAAGCGGCCAUCGUCGGAGGAUCCAAUAUUUGUUUGCAUGCUCAAACUACCAUCAACGUUGGCAGAGUGCUGGAACUGUGUAUGGAUGGAAAAACUAAAUCAUUUGAUCGGUGUGCCGAUGGCUGUGCUCGAAGUGAUGCAAUCACUAUUUUCUUUUUGCAAAAAGCCAAGGACGCAAAACGAGUGUAUGCAGAGGUUUGUCAUGUAAAAUCUGAAUAUAAUUCAGCAAUGCUUAUAAACCUUGGUCAAGCAAGAGGACCUGUUCGUGAUCCAGCAAAACUAACUUCAUUCAUGAAAAACUUCUAUGAUGAAGUCGGGAUACAACCUGGGGCUGUAGAAUAUGUGGAGGCGUUUGGAUGCGCUAAUUAUGAAUCUGAAACGAGCGAGCUUGUAGCCUUUGGUAACGUAUUCUGCAAACAAAGAGUAAAACCUCUUUUGGUUGGCAGUGUCAUGUCCAAUAUAGGCAACACAGAAGCAGCUUCUGGUACUACGGCUUUAACCAAGGUUCUUCUUGGUUAUCAAACUGGCAAGCUCGCCGCCAACUUACACUGCGAAAAUCCCCGCGACGAUGUCGAUGCACUGCGUAGUGGGAAAAUGCGUAUCGUCACCGACCAUCAGCGAUUUAACCGCUCCUAUGUCGCUAUUAAUAACAUGUCAUUAUUUGGUGUUAAUGCCCAUGCUCUACUAAAAGGUCACUUCAAACCAAAGGAUCUGGCACGUUAUAAAUCAAACAUUCCGCAUCUGGUGUUAGUAUCCGGAAGGCAGGAAUCUGCUGUACAAAAAAUCUUCGAUGAUCUUAAGUUACAUCCAGUGGAUCCAGAAGAAAUCGGGCUUCUGCAUAACAUUCAUGAGCAUUCCAUUUCCGGACAUUUGGGCCGUGGUUUCACUAUUCUUGAAAAUAACAAAGAGAAUAAGACAGUGAGCCUUGUAGAAAAAAUAGACUACUGUGACGAUGCUAAGCGGCCGCUGUGGUUUGUCUACAGCGGCAUGGGUUCUCAAUGGGCGAGCAUGGGAUCACAACUUAUGCGUAUUUCCGUAUUUGCAGCCGCAAUCGAACGCUGCCGCCUUGCUCUAGAGCCAAAGGGAAUUGACAUCAUCCACAUCAUAACCACACCUGAAAAUAAUAUCUAUGACGACAUUCUGCAUUCCUUUGUUGGCAUCGCUGCAGUCCAAAUUGGUUUAACCGAUGUUCUACGUGAAGUAGGUCUUGUUCCAGAUAACAUCAUUGGGCACAGCGUAGGGGAACUUGGAUGUGCUUAUGCUGACGGUUGCAUGACAGCAGAAGAAACUAUUCUUGCAGCAUACAGCCGUGGUCUUGUCUCUAAGCAGACUAAAUUAAUUCAUGGAGCUAUGGCAGCAGUAGGAUUGGGAUACAAACAGGUCGUAGAUUUAUGUCCGCCAGAAAUCCAAGUAGCAUGCCAUAACUCUUCCGAGUCCUGCACUAUAUCAGGACCCUCAGAUGCGAUGCGUGAAUUCGUAGCAAAGUUAACGGCUCAAGGAAUUUUUGCAAGGGAAGUUCCAUGCUCGAAUAUUGCGUACCACUCAAGAUAUAUUCAAGAUGCGGGUCCGGCACUGCUCAAGUACUUGAAGGAAGUCAUUAAAUCUCCGAAGGCUCGCAGUGAGCGGUGGCUCUCUACAUCGAUUCCGAAAGAAAGAUGGGAUGAACCAUUAGCUAAAUUCUCUUCGGCAGAGUACCACACCAACAAUUUACUGAACCCUGUGUUAUUUGAAGAAACUGCGGAAUCCGUUCCUUCAAAUGCCAUUUUAAUUGAAAUAGCUCCUCAUGGACUUCUACAAGCUAUUCUCAAGCGGUCUCUUCCCAGCACUUGUAUCAAUAUUCCUCUUACAAGGCGCGGACACGCUGACAAUGUUAUUUUAUUAUUGGAAGCUAUUGGCAAAUUAUACAUGGCAGGGUGCAAUCCUAAAAUACAAGCGCUCUAUCCAGCGAUUGAAUAUCCUGUAUCAACGGAAACACGUGGACUUUCUCACAUGAUCGAAUGGGCACAUCUAGAGAAAUGGAGUUUACCCUUAGAACGUGAUUCUAACAGACGCAUUUCUGGGGCUGCCACAUAUGGAUUUUCGCUACACGAUGAUGAAUUUAACUUCUUAAAUGGCAACAUUCAUGAAGGUGAAACGAUUUUACCAUACAGCGCAGCUUUGGUCUGUGUGUGGGAUACAUUGUCGAUGUCAUUGGGAGCUCCUCUGAGACAGCUAUCAGUGCAGUUCAGUAAUGUGAAGUUAAACACACAGCCACGCUUGUACGACGACAAGAUUACAAACCUCCACGUCCAAAUAACUAAAGGAAAUGGGCGGUUUGAGGUUUUAGAUGAUGAUAAUUCUACGGUUAUUAGCGGCGAAAUCAUAGCCAUACCUUCAACUUCAACCCCACUGUUCAGGGUGGAAAAUGAAGGAACAAAAACCUGUUUGACUCAACAAGAUAUCUACAAAAUUUUCCAUGACAAAGGAUCUUACUACAAGGGAGAAUUCAGAAGCAUUCUCAGUAUAAAUGAAGAGAUGACACGAGCUACAAUUCCGUGGAGAGGUAAUUGGAUAACUUUACUGGACUCACUGAUCCAGUUCAGGUCUCUACGUAACGACUACAAUGGAAUAACGCAACCCCGAUUCAUCCAGCGAGUGACUAUAAACAUGCAAGAGCAUAGCAGGUCCAAGAAACAUAUAGAACUCCCACUGGAAGCUGACUAUUUCAUUAAUCUGGAUACUACAAGGUGUGCCGGAGUCGCUAUAUCAAAUGUUAAAUUCCGAGAAUAUUUACCGGUACUUUCAAAACAAAUUGCUUUGAAAUCAUCCAAGUCUCAAAUUAUACAGAAUAUGGGAGAUAAUGAUAAAAUAAAUGUAACUUUGCGCAGUACAGAGUACGGAGAUAUAAACACUAUUCACUGGGAACAAGGGCUUGAAGUAACACCUAAUGAUAUUGAAGUUAAGGUUAAAUACGCUGGACUGAAUAUACGUGAUGCAAGAAAAGCAUUAGGAGUCAAUGUUCCCCAAUUAUUACAAAAAAGCGAUUUGGGUUAUGGAAUGGAUUUCAGUGGAGUAACGAACAACGGAGAACGUGUGAUGGGGAUCGUGCGCGGUGGCGCGGCGUCCACGCGGCUCGCAGCAGACCCCUCCCUGCUGUGGCCAGUCCCCGAGCACUGGAGUCUUGAAGACGCUGCCACAGUUCCUUUGCCGUACGCACACGCAUUCUACUGUCUUGCUAUAAAAUGCGAGCUAGUUCCUCGAAUGAAGAUCUUGGUAAAUGGCGCCACAGGAGCUCUGGGUCUAGCUAUAAUUUCCAUAGCUUUAGCUUAUGAUUGCACAAUAUUCGCUUCUGUAAGUGAUGCAAAGAAGAAACACUUUCUGAGAAGAAUAUAUCCAUCUAUUCCAGAGGACCACAUCGGAAACUCCCGUGACUCCUCUUUUAGUGACAUGGUUAUGGCAAAGACACAUGGAAUGGGAUGCGACAUCGUCGUAAUAUCGGGAGUUUUAGGAGAUCUUAAAAAUGAAAGUAUUAGAUGCGCUGGCAGUUGUGGAUUUAUACUCGAUACCAGCCAGAUAUCUUCAACGGAUAACUUCGAUUUCGGAAUGAACUUCUUAACUGACGAAAGAAAUUAUUGUUCGGUGGAUUUCUCAAGCGUGUUCACGAUGGCCAACAAAAAGGAUAUUAAAUCUUUGCAAAUGAUGGUGAGCGAAGGAAUAGCCAAAGGAUACGUCCGUCCACUGAGUCGUGUGAUAUAUGAAGCCACCGAGGCGGCAAGAGCGUUCCAUUUGUUGGCAUCCAGUCGACACCGCGGUAGAGUUCUUCUACGUCUUCAUGGAAAUCGUUUGGCUGUUACACCUAAGCUCACUGCGUCAUCUAUUGGAAGUCACUUAGUACUUAGUGCCAGUGCAGAUGAUACUCUGGCCGGCGGAAUAAUUGAUGGGUUAAUAGCUCGAGGUGCUCAGAAAAUUUGGCUGCAUCGCCAACAACAAACGAAUAUCAACUCUGAUGGAUACAUGCGAUACAAGCUCAAGAAAUGGCAAAAACUUGGCGUACUAGUCAAUGUUUCAAAUGAAAAUAAUAUUGACAACGGGAACAUCCAAGCUUUGUUGCGCAAAUGUAAUGAGAUGGGUUAUUUAGAAGGCGUGUAUUACAUUACUGCUUCAAAUGAAUCCGAAAAAGAAGCAAGACUGGUCAUUGAUCAGUUAGAUUCAGUUACAAGAAAAUUGUUUCAGUCAGUGAAGUGUUUUGCCGUCAUAAAUGAAAUUGUGAGUGUUGGAGAAGAAAUUUGCUCAAAGCGGAUCGACGACGGGUUUCCAGCCACCAUGUUGACUCUUCCAAAGCUGAAUAAGUUUGCCGAUUUGGGGGCGGACAUAAAAAGUGAUGGUAAUGUUGGAAUAUCCAUAUCUGAGGCAGUUGAAUUACUGGAACUAGCAGUUAGAUCUAAGAAUCCAGCGCUUGUUGCCCAGGUUCAACUAACAUCGAAAAAUAUGAAUGCAGAACCAAUAAGAAAACAAUCAGGUCUUGGUGUUUAUUUCGACCGGGUUGAUCCUGAUGAACUAUUAUCCACGUUUGACCUUGUCCUGUUGCCCACUCUUGCUAGAGGAUUAACAACGCGUGCUGAAGAGUUUGACAAAAAUGAGAAUUAUCUCAUGUUGAUUCCUGGCUUCGACGGAUGUUACUCCAAGUACAGCAAUAUUUGUGAACGGGUGAAAAUUCCGGCAGUCGCGAUUCAACCAGGCCUAGAAUACGUACAUGAAGAUGUUGCCGAAAUGGGACUCCGUCUUGCACAGGUGAUCUUGAAGAAACUAAAGCCAAAAGAAACAUUCUACCUCAUGGGAUACUCGUUUGGUGUCCUGGUCGCUUUAGAGGUCGCUGUUGUUCUUGAAAAUCAUGGUCUUCAAGGUAUUGUGUAUUGUGUGGAUGCAAGCCCAGACAGUUUUCCCAGGGAAUUGGACCAAUCACUGAAAGACAUUGGUGUAUCUGAAGACACUGAACUACAGGACGCACUGGCUCAGCACAUGUACAAAGUCAUGACUGGAGAGACCUCGAAGCUACUGGCGACGCAGCUGCAGAUAGCGAAAUCUUGGAACGACAAAGUGGAAGCUUUUGGGUUGGCUAUACGCGGCCGCAUUCCUUACUCCGUACAGUACGCUAGAGGCGUCCUCGAGGCUGCCUACUCUCGGAUACAGCACGCCCGCCAAUACGACGCGAAGAGACUCAGGGCUACUCCCCUACGAUCCCAACUUGUGCUUCUCCGCUCCACCAGUCACCGAGCAUCGGAGCCAGCCGACCUUGGCCUGGCCCGCUACUCACAGCAAGAGCCAACCGUCUACACACUAACCACUGAUCAUGCGAAUGCACUCAACGACCUGCGUUGCGCCAAUUUGGUUAACCGGCAUCUUGGUGUUGAUAUAGUUGAGAAAUUCCGAAACAGAAACCUGUGUGAUACGUAUAUACUGAACUCGGACGUAUUUCUGUGUCCAGACAGAGAGUAUGAUGAAUGAAAUGUUGUACUUUUAAUAAUAAAGUGGGUUUAGGCAAAUUGUUUGAUUUAAAUAUAAUGUGUUUUCUUUUUGCUUUUACCCCAGCAGUCAAGAAUCUAUAGUUACACGAUUUGAUUAAUUUGGUUUGGCAAUAAGCAGAUAGUGAUAAUGUCUUAUCUCAUCGGAGCAAGAAGAUACCUAACAAUACGUAAUUUACUAGUAAGUAAAAGUCAAUGAAUUUAAUUUUUAUGAGCAUGGAAACACCUUUAUAUUAGAAGAUCAUAGGUAAAACCUAACGUAUUAUACUAAUAUAAUUAUAAUAACAGAGAAGUUAGUAAGUAUAUAGUUGUA